AUGCGGUGGCAUAAUAAAGGACAUGCUGGUGAUGAUGACGACGGUAUUAUGAGACACCCAAGAGAUUCAAAAUCGUGGAAGUCUUUAGAUGAGCUAUAUCCCGAAUUUGCUGCAGAUGCACGUAAUGUACGCUUGGCUUUAGAUAGUGAUGGGUUCAAUCCCGGGGCGAACAUGAGUAGUAGAUAUAGCAUAUGGCCUGUUAUGUUGGUACCUUAUAAUUUACCUCCUUGGAUGUGCAUGAAAAGAGACAACAUGAUGUUGUCAUUAUUAAUUCCCGGCCCUAAAUCUCCUGGUAAUGACAUAGAUGUUUUUUUGCAACCUUUGAUAGAUGAGUUGAAGGAAUUAUGGGAGAGUGGGGUACAAACCUUUGAUGCCCAUAGUAAGGAGACAUUUAAUAUGCGAGCAGUGUUAAUGUGGACAAUUAGUGAUUUCCCAGCAUAUGCCAAUUUGUCUGGCUGGAGCACUAAAGGGGCGAAGGCUUGCCCUAAUUGCCACAAAGACACAAAUUCCGAAUGGUUGAAACAUGGCCACAAAUGGUGUUAUAUGUGUCAUCGUGUUUUUUUAGAACCAGAUCAUAAGUGGAGACUUAAUAAGAGGUUCUUUAGUAAGAAAGUUGAAAGGCGCGCACCACCUAAUCCAUUAUCAGGGAAUGAUGCUUUGGAGCAGCUACAUGGAUACCCUAAUGUGGAAUUUGGUAAAGAUAAUAAAGGGAAACGAAAAAGAGGGGAAAGAUAUAUUGUUCACCAGUGGAAAAAGAUUAGCGUUUUUUUCAAUUGCCUUAUUAGAGACAUCUGCACAUUUCUAGACUUACCUGGAAAGAACAAAGACUCUGUAAAUGCUCGGUUGGAUUUAGAAGCCAUGAAAAUGCACGAUGAUCUUCGACCGAAGAAAGUAAGGGACAAGUAUCAAAUACCGCGAGCCCCUUUCAACUUGACCUUACAUGAAAGGAGGAAAAUUGUCACAUUUUUAUCGAAAUUAGCGUUCCCCGAUGGUUAUUCAUCUAACAUUUCUCGAUGUGCUUCUUUGCAAGAUGGAAAAAUCAUAGGAAUGAAAACUUAUGAUUUUCAUGUUUUCAUGCAAGAUUUGCUUACCCUGACCUUUCAAGGUGUCUUAGAUGAAAAAGUUUUAGAACCUUUAAGAGAGCUUAGUUUGUUUUUUAAGCAGCUUUGCGCUAAGACCUUAAAAGUAGCCGACUUGGAACGAAUGGAAGCAAAUAUAGCAAUCACAUUAUGCAAGCUAGAACGUAUCUUUGUUCUGGCUUUCUUUGAUGUGAUGAUUCAUCUUCCCAUACACUUAGCUACAGAAGCAAAAUUGGCUGGACCUGUGCAUUAUCGCUGGAUGUAUCGAUUUGAAAGAUAUCUCUCUAAGAUUGAGACACAAUUCAAUCGUUUAGAUCAAAAUGAGGAUAUGAACUAUCCACAACUUCAUAGUCUUUCGGUGUUUUAUAACACCGGCAAGACAUUGGGGAAGCCAAAUUUAAAGCAAUUGAGUAUUGAAGAUUGGAGAAAAGCUCAAUUGUAUGUUUUGCAGAAUUGUGAAGAAGCACAACCUUUUUUUGAUGAGUAUGAGAAUGACAUAGGCCAUCGAGAUGUUGAAUUCUGCAAGUGGUUUGAGAAUAGAAUUAUACAACUUUGGGAAGAUAAGGAUGAACGAGUUACAGAAGAAUUAUUGUGCUUGGCACGAGGGCCAAUGAAGCGUGUUGUAACUUUUGAUGGAUAUGUUAUUAAUGGGUUUAGAUUUCACACUAAAAAGCGUCAAAGACAUCGAAAAACCCAAAAUAGUGGCGUUGUUGUAUUAGGGGAUGCAGAGAGUGGAGGGAAGGACUUUUACGGGACUUUAGAUGAAGUUAUUGUUCUGGAGUAUGAUGCCUUAGAAAACCGAACAAGUCCUAAGGUGGUAUUGUUUAGGUGUAAGUGCAACAAACUCAAGGUAGUCAAGAACAUGAAGGAUCAUCAGAUAAUCCACUUGAAACUCAACAGGAUCCUCAUUACAUCACCUUAUUUGAGAAAACUAAAAAGUAAUCAAUAG